AGUUGGGUCUCCAACUUGAAAGCAUGAUGGCACACUCUCAAGGAGCAUUGACAGUCACGUAUAUGUUAUCCAAUCCACCAACAAAAGUGCCGAUUACGUGGACUAGUACUAGUGUGUUACACCCAUGGUUAUCGCAUCAUGGAAUGAGGACCUACGCGAUGAAUUCUCCAACGUCUUAUGACCCAGUGGUGCAGCUCGACGGGAGAGACAGUCCGACUUUGAGAAAUGGUGAACUGUCUGGUCAUUACGAUAGAUUAGACAUUCCGAAAUUAGCUAAUAAUGGCCAAUACGAUAUGUCCGAUCAACCGGAUUUAACUAAUCACGAAAUAUUUGGUCCUACUACUAAUUACGAUGGAGCACAAGAAGUUAUCACGACUGAUACAGCCUUCCCAUCAGGAGGUUCAACUAGCUCUUCAUCUUUCCCGAAUUCCAACCAGGCAACCAAAUUACGCUUACGAUGUGGUCG